GGCUCUCACUUAGAAAGAAUGCAGCCUGCUGUCCAGUCCGGUGACGUCAGCGCUGGAGUAUUUGGAAAACAAAGAGAGCUGGGAGGGAGCGAGGGAGGUGGACCCGCGACGCUUAAAGACCUCUCCCGGCCGCGGACUACCCUCCCUAGCUCGCCCGAUGUGUACUGGCGUCUGCCGGGGCUCCGAGCCGCCCCAGAUCGAGGCAGGGCGGGACCCUUGGCCGGUGUGAUCUGAUUUGGACACUAUCUGUGGUUCCUUCGGCGAGCGCGAGCACAGGCGAGCCUGGAGGUCCGCGCUUGCUUGGCAAGGUGGUUUUCAGAGGGCGCAGCGCGCUCCCUCGGUAGAGGCGCACUGCUCUGGUGCUCUGGGUUCAGGUGCCUGCUGGCCAUUGCCUAGGAAGGUGUCUGUAAGCCAAAGAAGCAUGAGGACGCUGGAAGACUCUUCUGGGACAGUCCUACACCGCCUCAUCCAGGAGCAGCUACGCUAUGGCAACCUGACAGAGACACGCACGCUGCUGGCCAUACAGCAGCAGGCCCUGCGGGGUGGGGCUGGAGCUGGGGGCACUGGGAGCCCACAGGCCUCCCUGGAAAUCUUGGCACCUGAGGAUGGUCAGGUGCUACAACAGGCCACCAGGCAGGAGCCCCAGGGCCAGGAGCACCAGGGUGGUGAGACACACCUGGCAGAGAACACCCUCUACCGGCUGUGCCCGCAGCCCAACAAGGGUGAGGAGCUGCCUACCUAUGAGGAGGCCAAAGCCCACUCGCAGUACUAUGCAGCCCAGCAGGCAGGGCCCCGGCCACACGUCGCAGAACGGGAUCCUCGUGGGGCCCCAGGAGGUAGCCGCCGGCAGGACGAGGCCCUUCGGGAGCUGAGGCACGGCCAUGUGCGCUCGCUGAGUGAACGGCUCCUGCAGCUGUCCCUGGAGAGGAACGGUGCUCGAGUACCCAACCACAUGAGCUCUUCUCACAGCUUCCCCCAGCUGGCUCGAAGCCAGCAGGGCCCGCCAGCCCGGGGUCCUCCCGCUGAGGCCCAGGAGCCCCGUGGACCCCCAUCGCAGUACCCACACGUUGUACUCCCUCAUGAGACUACUGCUGUCAUUGACCCACGGUACCGUGCUCGAGGCAGCCCGCACUUCCAGCAUGCUGAAGUCAGGAUCCUGCAGGCCCAGGUACCUCCUGUGUUUCUCCAGCAGCAGCAGCAACAGUACCAGUACCUGCAGCACCCCCAAGAGCACACUACACCCCCACAUUCGGCUGUUCUCAGUCAUGGCCCACUGGCGUUGGAGGGCCCAGCAAGUGCCCAGGCCUCCUCAGCCACAUCAGGGAGCGCCCACCUGGCCCAUAUGGAGACUGUGUUGAGGGAGAAUGCUAGGCUGCAGAGGGAGAAUGAGAGGCUGCAGAAGGAGCUGGAGAGCUCUGCAGAAAAAGGGAGCCGCAUUGAAAAGCUGGAGAGUGAAAUCCAGCGGCUCUCUGAAGCUCAUGAGAGCCUCACCAGAGCCUCUUCUAAGCGUGAAGCCCUGGAGAAGACCAUGCGGAAUAAGAUGGACAGUGAGAUGAGGCGGUUGCAGGACUUCAACCGCGAUCUUAGAGAGAGAUUGGAAUCUGCAAACCGCCGCCUGGCAAGCAAGACACAGGAGGCCCAGGCGGGUAGUCAAGAUACGGUGGCCAAGCUGCUUGCUCAGAGCUAUGAGCAGCAACAGGAACAGGAGAAGCUGGAGCGCGAGAUGGCGUUGCUGCGUGGGGCCAUUGAGGACCAGCGGCGCCGGGCAGAGCUGCUGGAACAGGCUCUGGGCAACGCGCAGGGCCGGGCAGCACGUGCAGAGGAGGAGCUGCGCAAGAAGCAGGCCUACGUGGAGAAGGUGGAGCGGCUGCAGCAGGCACUUGGGCAGCUGCAGGCUGCCUGCGAGAAGCGGGAGCAGCUGGAGCUACGUCUUCGGACGCGCCUGGAGCAGGAGCUAAAGGCCCUACGCGCACAGCAGAGACAGGCGGGCACCCCCAGUGCAGGCAGCAGCAACAGUGGGUCCCCAGAGCUCAGUGCUCUGCGGCUGUCAGAACAACUUCGGGAGAAGGAGGAGCAGAUCCUGGCACUGGAGGCCGACAUGACCAAGUGGGAGCAGAAGUAUUUGGAAGAGCGUGCCAUGAGACAGUUUGCCAUGGAUGCAGCUGCCACUGCAGCUGCCCAGCGUGACACCACUCUCAUCCGACACUCCCCACAGCCCUCGCCCAGCAGCAGCUUCAAUGAGGGACUACUGACUGGUGGCCAUAGGCAUCAGGAGAUGGAAAGCAGGCUAAAGGUGCUCCACGCCCAGAUCCUAGAGAAGGAUGCUGUGAUUAAGGUCCUUCAGCAGCGUUCCAGGAAGGACCCUAGCAGGGCUGCUCAGGGUUCCCUGCGGCCAGCCAAGUCGGUGCCAUCCAUCUUCCCAGUUGCAGUGGCAGGGACCCAGGGCUGGCAAGGACUCUCAUCAAGUGAACGGCAAGCAGAUGCUCCUGCCCGGCUGACCAUGGAGAGGACACCCACAGAGGAGCCAGUGGCUGCAGCCCCCCUCACUACGCACUCCAAACACGGGAGUAGAGAUGGGAGCACCCAGACUGAUGGCCCUGCGGAGAGCACCUCUGCUUACCUGGCACCGGAGCCCGACAGCCUUCCAGGCUGCAGCAGUGGGCUGAGGGCAGCCUCUCUGGACUCUAUAGCUACAUCCAGAGUCCAGGAUAUGUCAGAUAUGGUGGAGAUACUGAUUUAAGGAGGUGGUUCUUUGUGGACCCUGGAUCAUGCUCUCCCCUCCUCUGCCACCCAGCCAUUCCAGCAGCCCCCGACUGCAGGUUCCACUUUCUCCAACCUUUGACCAUCCAGUCCCAGGAGCUCAGGAAGGAGUGCUGCAGGAGAGAGGGGAGCUGAAAGCAACCAGCACCCCUGGAGAUUCCGCUCAAAGCUACAUUCCACCUGUGCCCAUGGAGAAUGCAGAUUCACGCUUUCCCUGCCGUUGGGGUAGCAACAGAAAGCCCAGAAGGUAUCGAAGCCCCCUCUGCCUUGCCAGUUGACAUUCAGGCAAGGAGGGGAAGGGGAUAUGUUGGCUUGGGGAGCUGAUUCCCAAGGAUGGUUGCCCAUGGGCACCAAGUGGGGUGACCAGGCCAGCCAUGGUUUUUCUGGUUAAGUGUGAUUCCUGUCAACCUCAUCCACUCUUCAGCUCCUCAGUGCCUUCUUGGGAACACAAGACUUGAAUCUUUUAGGGACUGUUGAGGGUGUGAAUCUCUCAGAAAAGUCCCAGCUUCACCCCUCCCUUGGAAUGGGUUGGGACUAUUCGAGUGGAUUGGGGGACAAUGUGUGGUUUGUAUAUAAUUCCCUUUCUUAUGGCACAGAAGAUGGUGGCAUCUUGCUUGGUUCAGGUUGGGCUUCAUGGGCCACGCUCACUUCUGUGCUACCAUGCUUUCUGAAACUUUUGACUGGCUUCCCAGUUACUCCGCCUUCUCAAGUCCUUGGUCCAUGAAGUCUGAUUCAUGGGAUAAUGGUUCUUUUUGUAUGUGAAGACCCUGUCUUAAAUGCUCAUAGGAUCUCCAUCACUGGCCUUUUGAAGCUUCUGUCCCUGGGACAUCCUAUCAUUUUGAUGAUAAACUCUGAGCCACAUGAAAUGAGCCACCACACACAGACAUCUGCCGUGCCCGCCCAUGUACGUGGCUGGCCCUGCCCAGCGCCAUUUCUCUCUGAGGAAACUGGAGAAGUUGUGUUCUCAUACAUGUCUUUGUUCCCACCUGGAGGGACAGGGAAAGGGAACGCUGCUGUUCAAAACUAGUCAAUUAGCUGCAAGACGUAACUCAUAUCAUCCUCUGAGUGGAGCCUAUAUCAAAACAAAACAUCCCCUGUGAGGCUGGCUCCUCAAGCUACCCAGCCCCAGUACUGAAGCCGGGCCAAAUACUCAGAACAAGAUGAAGGUCUCCCACCUGGCAGCCUGCAGCCACCGUGACUGACUUCUUAAAGUCUUGUAAUUCAGCCCCAGGAGCAAGUGGGUGGGUUUUAGCAGUUUUGUCCUUAAUGGUUUCUAGUUUUCCUCCAAUCUUCGUUGUUGUGUGUUUUUCUUCACUGUUUGGAGAUUCAUUAUGUGUUGUUUUAUUCUCAUGGUUCCCUGAAUUUCCUCUUUAAACAUUUGCAUUUGCUGGACAAUUGCAUAUUUUUUUUAAAUUCCCCUUACCCCAGUUUAAAGCUGAAAAAUACAUUUGGUUCAUGUGCAUUGUUUACAAAACAAAAAGAAGAAAAAAAGGCAAAAAAAAAUAUUGUGAAAGGUGAAAAAAAACAACUUAAUAUAUUUUGGAUUAAUAUUUGGUAUUUCUUUUAAAGUAUUUUUUGUGCUGUGAAUGUUUUCUGCCAAAGACCAUGAUGUGUGUCUAUAUGUUUAAGUUAUCAUAAAUAUUUAAAAUGUAAACAUGGCUGUUUUGUUAUGCCACCCUGUACCAGGACUGCUGCUGCAUUCCACUGGGUAUAACAGUAUUUUAAUAAAAAAAUUAUUACGA